GCAGAGAGAAGCAGUGAACCCUCACACUGUCUCCCCGCUCCACCGGUCCCAGGCUGGUGCGUCCCGUUGCGCACAGCACAGUUUCCACUCUGCACACUUCACAAGCGCUCCGGAUUUCUCCAAAUCUUCAGGACGGUUGGUGGGAACGAUAGCUUCACCUGUGCGAGCCAAUAUGUUUCAUGUGUGGAUGAGAGAGUUUCGGUGACAGGAAGACUCGAGGGAGUUCAGGCACAGCCAGUCAGCGGAUCGUUUUGAUAGCGACAGGAUGGGAUCGCAGACCGGGGCAGCUCUGCAGAAACAGACGCUCCUGUGGUUCAUCGUAGCGUCUCAGUGUGUGUCAGCACUGGGGUGUGGACCCCACUAUGAAUUUGCCAUUGAGGAGUUUUGCUUGGCCAAAUUCAGACUGGACAUGCAAGAGCUGGACCAGAGACAGUGGUGUAGCUGGGAGGACACAGUCGAGCUCUACGGCGAGCUGACAAACUGCACGUUCCUGGUGGCACGGAAGAUGGAGUGCUUCUGGCCCAACAGGCUGGUGGAUGAGUUCUUCAUCCGAGUCCACAAGCACUACUUCCAUGACUGCUCGCUGUCUGGUCGGCUUCUCAAGGACCCACCCAAUCGCAUCUUGGGUCCCUUCAUUGUAGUACCCAUCCUGGUCACCCUCCUCAUGACGGCUCUGGUGGUGUGGCGGAGCAAACGCAGCGAGGGGAUUGUGUAGUGAAGGGAAGGAGGGGGGGGACAGGGUCACAAAACUCAAGACAAUAGGUACUUUUUUUCCCUAAGGUUGUGUCGUAUUUACCCUCAGUGACCAAAGGAUCUCUUUUUCUGAGUGUUAGUGUUUGGGGGAAAUGGUUUCAGUAGGACCAGAAUCACUUUAUUAUGGACCAGGAAGAGGAGCUGGACAAGACACUACUUCAGUGAUGUUUGAAUGCACUGACACCAAUAUGAAUCCUUUGCAGCUCCCAUCUGUCUUUACACCAAUAGUCUGACGUGGAUUGAAAUCAUUCAGUUUGGUUUACAGGGAAAAGUGGAGCUGAACUGCACACCUUAGUCUGAUGUGGACUGGGAAAGUGGCUGGUGGGAAAAAAUGUAAAUAUAUAUUUUAAAAAAAACAUUGAGAGAAACUGCUUGAAACAAUUUUGGAUGUGUUGAUGAUGCCGCAACUUAUACAAGCGUUCAGCAACUAUUUUUGGAGACCAUGAAAAUAACUGUUAUCUACUAUACAGCAGCAAAGGAAUCAAAUACAGUGCUAAGCUUCCCCGGGAGACUUGAUUCACACUUUUGCUAGGCUACAAAAGUACAGUUACUGCAACCUCUUUUAGGGAACCCAGGUAUAUCAGAUUUUAUGUGUAUAUUCAUAUAUUGUAAAUAUACACAAUAUGUACAAUAUCAGUUUUAUCUGUUCUUGGAUUGUCAAAAUGUCUUUGUGACACAACCAAGACAACAAACCAUAGUACACUAAAUGAAUUUCUCUCAGAUGCAGAUUUUGUGUUUCCAUGUCAUGCAAAGGUACCUGAUUUUAACAGAUGUGCAUUAUAUUCAAAAUAUAUACAUUCAAUCAUGCAGAAGGCUUCAUUGUCAAGCUAUAGCGGGAGUGGAAUCUGUCUUCUCUCCUCUGUUCACAUCAGACACCCUGGCCACAAUCUCUCCUCUGAGUGGGAAACGAGGGAAUGUUUCUAUAGCAUAAUGCACACUGAACCAGCUGGAAAAAAUGCAGGAGAUGGUGUCACAUACUAGACUGGCAGAUGUGCAGUACAGGUGAGAGAUGGCACAAGAGAGGACAGUCACAAUACAGGGGUCGAGGCCCCAAUUUGGACUGGCUGUGAUGCUGUCUUGUUCUGCACCUUCCAUCCUCCAUCACCAAGGAAACUAAAAUGAAGAAAUGCCAGUGGACACACAGGUGGAAGUGGAUGAGAGUUAAGACUUUGAAGGCCAACGUACACAGGCAGAAGAUUUGAGACGGCAGACAGUAAAUUAACCAAAAAUUCUCUCAUUCUGUCUGAUUUUCACCUCCGUUAUUCAUGGUGUUUACCUUAUUUACGGACAAUAUCCUAGCAAUUACCACAGUGAUUGCAUCCAAUUUAAGCAGUUAUGUGAAAUGUUGGAAGAAUGAAAGGAAAAAUCAAAGAGUAGAAAAUUCAUAGUGGUGAAAUCACAAGUCUAACUACAGAAGGAACAUAAAGCAAUGGAUUAGCCAACGCACAUCUCUGCUGAGCAUUGCCUAAAGCACAGUUUGUGUAUUGUGGACCUUAGGUUUCUAUUGAUUUAUGAUGUCCCAGUGUGGUAGAUUGUGCUGUGUGUACUGCUUUCUCAUUGAUAUUUUUGAAUGCUUUCUUUCCUUUAUAGAUUCAUUGACCUGUAACCUGCCUGUUAGCACAACACACUCUAAAGCACACCCACACUUCCCCAACAUGAUCUUACUUUGUACUUUGUGCCAAAAGCUCUUGGAAAACAGAGAGCAAUGUUUGCUACGAAAUGUCUAAUUUUCUGUUGGAGUGACUUCUAAUGAUUGAAUUUUAAAGUCUGUGAUCACGAAGAAAAGUUGAAUAAAACAUCUAAAUAAUGUUUCUGAUACACA